AUGGCUCGCGACAAGUUUGCUCGCCAGAGCCUGGGCGGCGCGCUCCACCAGCGCAUUAAAGAGUCGCGCGUCUUGAUGGUCGGAGCUGGGGGCAUCGGCUGCGAGCUCCUCAAGAACCUGGUCCUCACCGGCUUUGGCGAGAUCCACAUCGUCGACCUCGACACCAUCGACCUCAGCAACCUCAACCGCCAAUUCCUGUUCCGCAACGAGCACAUCAAGAAGUCAAAGGCACUGGUUGCGAAAGAGUCGGCUGCCAAGUUCAACCCCAAUGUUGACAUCAUCGCAUACCACAACAACAUCAAGGACACCCAAUUCAACGUCGUGUGGUUUAAGACCUUCCGUCUCGUCUUCAACGCGCUCGACAAUGUGGAUGCGCGCCGCCAUGUCAACAAAAUGUGUCUGGCGGCCGGCGUGCCAUUGAUUGAGAGUGGCACCACGGGCUUCAACGGCCAGGUCCAGGUCAUCAAGCGGGGCGAAACUGAAUGCUACGAUUGCACGCCCAAGGAUGCGCCCAAGUCCUUCCCCGUCUGCACCAUUCGAAGCACCCCGUCACAACCUAUUCACUGCAUCGUCUGGGCAAAGUCUUAUUUGUUUGCUGAGAUUUUUGGCACGUCUGAAGAUGAAGCCCCCGAGCUGGAUCACAGUGAAGAUGCCGAUAACGCGGACGAGGUCGCAAACCUGCGCAAGGAGGCACAAGCGUUGAAGCGCAUACGCGACUCCAUGGGCUCCCAAGAUUUCCCACGGCUGAUCUUUGACAAAGUCUUCGAGGAAGACAUUGAGCGUUUGCGGAGCAUGGAAGAUAUGUGGAAGACUAGGAAAGCACCCGAGGUUCUGGAUUACGAAAAGCUGGUACAAGAGUCGGCGGAGGUGGGUGAAUUCAUCGCGCAACAAGACCAAAUCGUUUGGACUGUUGCCGAGAAUUUUGCUGUCUUCAUUGAUAGCAUAAAGCGACUGAGCAACCGGCUGGAAGAGACGCGCGCAAACAAUGAGAUUGGAAACUCAAUGCCCGUUCUCAGCUUCGACAAGGACGACGUAGACACGCUCGACUUUGUUGUCGCAAGCGCCAACCUCCGGUCACACAUCUUUGGCAUUGAAAUGCGGUCCAAGUUCGAUAUCAAACAAAUGGCCGGUAACAUCAUCCCUGCAAUCGCAACCACCAAUGCCAUGACUGCCAGUCUCUGCGUUCUCCAAGCCUACAAGGUCUUCCGCGAGCAGCUUGACAAGGCAAAAAUGGUAUUUCUUACCCGCGGCACAGAGCGUGUCAUCUCCAGCGAGCCACUCCGGCCACCUAAUCCCCACUGCGCGACAUGCAGCGUAUGCUAUGCUUCGCUCGCUGUUGAUACAAAACGUGCAAAGUUGAGCGACUUGGUCGACUACAUUCUGAAGGAGAAUCUUGGAUACGCUGAAGAUUUUAGCGUCAAGCGUGAUGCCGAUAUACUUUACGAUGUGGAUGAGGACAUUCAUCUUGAUAAGACAUUUGAGGAGCUGGGGCUCAAGAACGACACUUUCAUCACCAUCUCCGACGAUGCAGAAGAGAACGCCAAGGUUGACGUGGUCUUUUCCAUCACUCAUCAAGAAUUCACUGAGAACGCAAAGCCUCUGAGGCUACCCGAUGAGGUCAAGAUUGCAACAAAGCCCAAGGCACCCGCUCCAGAGACCAAUGGGCAUGCUACUAUUAACGGCACCGUUCCAACCAACAAUGACGCUACAGAUGAAGGUGCGAAUGGUGCUACGAAGCGAACAGCUACCGAGGCCGGUCUGAAUGAUGAGCUCAUACGCAAGAAAGGCAAAGUCAUGGAAGAGCCUCUGAAGCAGGAUGGUGACCAUAUUGUCAUUCAGGAAGACCACAUCAACGGUGCCAUCGUCAUUGAAGAUGACUGA